AUGCGCCUCCGCGCCGCAACCGCCGCCCUCUGCCUCUGCCUGCUGGGCGCCUGCCGCCUCCGCCGCGGGCUGGAGGCCGCCGCCGUGCGCGGCCCGUCGGCGGCCGCUCCCCGGCGACCCUCGGCAGCCGCGCCUUCCUCCGCCUCCUCCUCCUCCUCCUCCUCCGCCGCCGCCGCCGCCUCCCCCUUCUCCUCCCCGCCGCGGAGGGACGGGGCUCUCCGCAACGGCACCGUGGUGCCGCACCACUACAUGGUGGCCCUCUACCAGCGCCUGGCCGCCCGCCGCGCCCCCGCCCGCCGCGCCGACACGGUGACGGGCUUCGCCGAGCGGGCGCGGGGUGAUGCCUCUCCGUCUGCCCCCGAGCAGCGCUACCUCUUCGACAUCUCCAGCCUGCCCGAGGCAGAGGAGGUGACGGGUGCAGAGCUGCGGGUCCUGCGUGCCCUCCCCGAAAACCGGAGCUUGGCCCUGUCCCCCGAGGGCACCUUCCACCACCUCCUCCUCUUCACCUGCCCAAGCCGGGACGGCGAAGAACCCCGGCUGCUGGACUCCAGGGCUGCAGACAUUUUGGACGCGGGCUCCUCCAGAUGGGAGGUGUUUGAUGUCUGGGAAGCCCUGCGGGAUCGGAGGGAGAGGUCUCUCUCGGGCAAGCUGCUGUGCUUCCUGCUGAGGAUCGUCUCGGAUCAGUCAGGACGGCUCCUGCCCCCCCGGCAGCUGGGGUUCAGCAAGCCGCGGCCGCAGCCCCACGAGCGAGCCCUGCUCGUGGCCUUCUCCCGCACCCAGAGGAAGGAGAACCUCUUCAAGGAGAUCCGGGAUAAGAUCAAGGCCCUGGGCAGCCCCCCCUUCCUGGAGCCUCCCGAUCCCGGCCGGGAGGCGUACUCCAAGCGGAGGAAGAGACGGACCACCAUCGCCGCCCGGUCUGGGGGCAGAGGCCACGGGAAGAAGGCGAAGACCCGCUGCAGCAGGAAGCCCCUGCACGUGAACUUCAAGGAGCUGGGCUGGGACGACUGGAUAAUCGCCCCCCUGGAUUACGAGGCGUAUCACUGCGAGGGGGUCUGCGACUUUCCCCUGCGCUCGCACCUGGAGCCCACCAACCAUGCCAUCAUCCAGACCCUGAUGAACUCCAUGGACCCGGAGUCCACCCCCCCCAGCUGCUGCGUGCCCUCCAAGCUCAGCCCCAUCAGCAUCCUCUACAUAGACUCCGGGAACAAUGUGGUUUACAAACAGUACGAGGACAUGGUCGUGGAGACGUGCGGCUGCAGGUAGCAAUUUCUGCAGCUCUCCC